CUCACGGCAUUGCAUUGAGUAGGCGGCUUUAAGUAGGUCAUCCUCUAAUCUAACCAACAUGAUGCUGUGGCUGCUGUGAGUGGGGAGAGAGAUGUGGGUGAGUUGCAUGCUGAGGUCCGGGCUGCUGUGUGCCACUCUGUCUCUUGCUAUUGCUAAGCACCAGCCAUCUCAAUCCUCCUUCACCCAACCUUGUCACUCCAGGGAGUUGCUGUCCCAAGCUGUCGACACUUUCUAUGUCAAGGCAGCCUGGCUCAAAGCAACAAUUCCAGAAGACCGCAUAAAAAAUAUACGACUAUUAAAAAAGGAAACAAAAAAGCUAUUUAUGAAAAACUGCAGAUUCCAGGAACAGCUUCUGUCCUUCUUCAUGGAAGAUGUUUUUGGUGGACUCCAAUUACAAAUUUGCAAGGAAAUAGGCUUUGUGGAAGACUUUCAUAGCCUUCGGCAGAAAUUGAGCCGCUGUAUAUCCUGUGCUUUACCAGCUAGAGAGGUGACAUCCAUUACCAGAAUGAAAAGAACGUUUUAUGGGAUUGGAAACAAAGGAAUCUAUAAAGCCAUCAGUGAACUGGAUAUUCUUCUGUCCUGGAUUAAAGAACUGUUAGAAAGCAUUCAGUAAAUCAAGAGCCCAAACACAUUGAUUUGAUAGUUAUUUUGAAAUACAAUGAUAAUAAUUAGAAAUAAAUUUAUAACAGCAUUCUUCUUUAAAAAUUUUGUACACAUUUCUGAUAAUAAAUUAGGUAAUUCAGAAUAGAUGAGAGAGAUUUAAAGUAAUAAAGUCUUGGAAAUAA